AAUUGGCAGACAAUGAGGUUUAAACCGCCGCCUCUUAACCAACAGUCCAUCGGUUGGAGAGUAGAGUUCCGUCCGAUGGAGAUCCAGAUGACUGACUUCGAAAACGCCGCCUUUUCUGUCUUCACUAUACUAUUGUCCAGAAUUGUAUUGAAAUAUAAACUCAAUUUCAUUAUUCCUAUCUCUAAAAUCGACCAAAACAUGUCAACCGCUGUAAAGAGAGAUGCCGUCAAUAGAAGUAAAUUCUGGUUCAGAAAAGACAUAUUCACUCAAAACACAUCACAAGAUGUAAAUAACAAUACAAACAGUUUUAAAACUAAUUACGAGAGAUAUGAGAGCGAAGAAGAGUCAUAUAUAGAGAUGUCUAUCAAUGAGAUAAUGAAUGGAUACGGAAAUGAAUUCCCGGGUUUAAUACCACUAAUCAGGGAUUAUGUAAAAGACUUAUUACUUGACGCCCAAACCUAUAAUAAAGUCCAACAGUAUAUCCAAUUGAUUGCCGACAGAGCGUCGGCAAAACUCCAGACAACCGCUCAUUGGAUCAGAGAUUUUGUCCGAAAACAUGCGGACUAUAAAUACGAUUCUGUGAUGAACAUAUCAUCGGUGGAUGGGAUCGGACAGAGAAAUAUAGUGCCGCUUAAAACCAUAGAAACCAAGGGUUCGGUUAGGCUUAGAGAUGUGUCCGACAAAUAUGGCGGCACUUAUACCUGUUAUUGCGAAUCAAAGGAUAAUUAUGGCAAUAAUCUGAAACACACGUCACUCGACAAAUAUUCAUCGGCUGGCGAUAGGGUCACGUUGACUGGCGAUGGGGUAACAGUCGUAUCAGUUUCUGGCGCUGACUGA